AUGUAUGCAGCUCCUUGGUUAUGUGAUAACUGUGGUAAAGCUAAUGGUAUUACUCGGUACCAAUGUCAGCAAUGCCGAGGAAUAAAUACUUAUGAUCUAUGUGAUCAGUGUAUAGUACGUGCACAUAUAACACAUCCAAAUCAUACAUUUAAAUUAGUUCAACAAGCAGGCACUACUGUUACUUCAACGCCACGUUGGACACAACCAUCAUAUCCGCAAUGGCCAGGGUAUUAUUAUACAUAUCCAAAUCAGCAACAACCUUCAUGGAAAAUAACAUAUGAAUAUAAAACUAUUUAA